AUGGCUCAGACAUCCGAAGUCAAAGUUGACCCCGUCUUCGUCUCGAUCAACCACGCCUUGUUCGACCCCAAGAUAGUCUUGGAGUCCAGCGAGUUCAAGGUCCUGGGGGACCCCGCUGAGAUCGCCGAGGCCUCAGCAUCCAACCAGAACAUCGCGUGUUGCUACAAUGACAAGAAACAGAUCCAGAUGGUCAAGAAACCGAUGCCCAAGGUCCAUCCUGGCCAAGUCCUAGUCCGUGUCCGGGCCACUGGUAUCUGCGGCAGUGACAUCCAUUUCUGGAAACACUCAAGAGUUGGCGAGAAGAUGGUCGUGAAACAUGAGUGCGGCGCCGGGCACGAAUCAGCUGGGGAAGUGAUUGCGCUUGGGGAAGGAGUCACCGAUCUUAAAGUCGGCGAUCGAGUUGCAAUUGAAGCCGGGAUCCCGUGCUCCAAGCCAACCUGCGAGAUGUGCCGAACAGGCCAAUACAAUGCAUGCCCGGAGAUCAUCUUCUGCUCCACUCCACCCUACCACGGCCUCAUGACCCGCUACCACGCGCACCCAAGCUGCUGGCUCCACAAACUCCCGCCGAACGUCUCCUACGAAGAGGGUUCAUUGCUCGAGCCGCUGGCCGUUGCUCUGGCAGGCAUCGAGCGUGCCGGAGUCCGACUCGGCGACCCAGUGUUGAUCUGUGGAGCCGGACCCAUCGGGCUGGUCACUCUUCUCGCAUGCCACGCCGCUGGCGCCUGUCCAAUCGCCAUCACCGAUCUUUCCGAAGGCCGCUUGGAUUGUGCCAAACGACUCGUGCCUAGUGUCUCGACCUUUAAGAUCUCCUUGGGAGAGUCUGAGACAGACGUCGCUGGACAAAUCCAAGCUGCCAUGGGAUGCAAGCCCCGCGUAGCAAUGGAAUGUACCGGGUUCGAGUCAUCCAUCGCCACCGCAAUCUUCAGUGUCAAGUUCGGAGGCAAGGUGUUCGUCAUCGGAGUCGGAAAGGACAAGCAAACCCUUCCAUUCAUGCACAUGGCUGAGAACGAAAUCGACCUACAAUUCCAAUUUCGAUACGCCAACCAAUACCCCAAAGCCAUCCGAUUGGUUUCUACCGGACUGAUCGAUGUCAAACCUCUCAUCACCCACAGAUUCGAUCUCGCAAAGGCCACCGAAGCUUUCCACACCGCUGCGGAUCCGAAAUCCGGGUCGAUGAAAGUCCAAGUUGUAGAUUACUAA